AUGAACUUUAGGAGGAUUUUCCUAGUCAAGUGCUUGCUGCUUUUAUUUCCCAGUGUAAAAUGCUCCAGCACCAGCUGGAUUUACAAGGCAGUGAAUGAGACAGCUCUUCUCAGCAUCACUGCUCCUGGGAGCAUCUUUGAGGCAACAUGGAGGAGAGGGGGACAAAGGCUGGUUCAGAUAAAAAAAAACAUAGCCAAGCACUUUGUGAACCAGGAGCAGUGCAGGUGUGCCAUACUGAGAAACGGGACUCUGCAAAUCCAGCGCGUGGAGAAAGAGGACAGUGGGAACUACACGGUGAUGGUUUAUGAGCAGGAUGGAAAACUCAAGGCAGAAGAAAAUGUAAUGUUCUUUGUUCAGGAACCUGUCCCUCAGCCAAUCCUCAUUGCUGAAUGCAGGAAUAAAAGUGUAUCUGUCAAGUGUGAAGCCAGACAGAAGGCCAAGAAUGAAGCAAAAUACAAGCCUGAGGCUGAAGCAUUUGUAAUAGAACUGACUCAACCCAAUGGCAAAAAAAUCCAAAAGAACGCAACAAUGCUGGAAUGGCAUGGGUGGAACUCUGGGACGUUCCGCUGUGUUGCUAAGAACCAAGUCAGCGAAAAAAUGGCUGAAAAAGUAAUUAACUGCUCAGGCAAGAUGGACUUUUAUCUCAUCUUAAGCAUAGCAGGAGGUGCAGUCUUCUUUGUCAUCUUUGUGAUUUGUCUUAUUUAUUGUAUCAGAAGGAGGAAAACAAAAAGGAAUGAAAUUUAUGAGGAGGAGCGAGCGAUGCAGACCCUGCCCGUGGACCGCGAGAGGGGCACGCGGGAGCUGCCUCAGGCUCCAUCCAAGCCCACCCCGAAGCAGCUGCGGGUGCAGCAGCGGCCGCUGCCCCCUCAGCCCCAGGAGCCGCCGCAGCCGCGGCCCCAGCCACGGCCCCGCGCCCAGCCACGGACUCCCAACCCGCCGAGACAGAGGCCCUGA